UUUCCAACCUCAAGUGGACUUUGUUCCAACUAUUGGGGGCGUCGCUCCCCCUCUUCAUGAUCGCGGGCAAACUUCCUCCUCGGCGCUGCUUCUAAUGGAGCCCCACCUGCUCGGGCUGCUCGUCGGCCUCCUGCUCGGUGGCACCAGGGUCCUCGCCGGCUACCCAAUUUGGUGGUCCCUGGCCCUGGGCCAGCAGUACACAUCUCUGGGCUCACAGCCCCUGCUCUGCGGUUCCAUCCCAGGCCUGGUCCCCAAGCAACUUCGCUUCUGCCGCAACUACAUUGAGAUCAUGCCCAGUGUGGCUGAGGGUGUGAAGCUGGGCAUCCAGGAGUGCCAGCACCAGUUCCGAGGGCGCCGCUGGAACUGCACCACCAUUGAUGACAGCCUGGCCAUCUUUGGGCCUGUCCUGGACAAAGCCACCCGAGAGUCGGCCUUCGUGCACGCCAUCGCCUCGGCUGGCGUGGCCUUCGCUGUCACCCGCUCCUGCGCGGAGGGGACCUCCACCAUCUGCGGCUGCGACUCCCAUCACAAGGGGCCCCCCGGUGAGGGCUGGAAGUGGGGUGGCUGCAGUGAGGACGCCGACUUCGGGGUGCUGGUGUCCAGGGAAUUUGCAGAUGCGCGUGAAAACAGACCAGAUGCACGUUCCGCCAUGAACAAGCACAACAACGAGGCAGGCCGCACGACCAUCCUGGACCACAUGCACCUGAAGUGUAAGUGCCAUGGGCUUUCGGGCAGCUGUGAGGUGAAGACCUGCUGGUGGGCGCAGCCUGACUUCCGUGCCAUCGGUGACUUCCUCAAGGACAAGUACGACAGUGCCUCAGAGAUGGUGGUGGAGAAGCACCGGGAGUCUAGAGGCUGGGUGGAGACUCUCCGGGCCAAGUAUGCUCUCUUCAAGCCACCCACUGAGCGGGACUUAGUCUACUAUGAAAAUUCUCCCAACUUCUGUGAGCCCAACCCAGAGACGGGCUCCUUUGGCACCAGGGACCGGACUUGCAAUGUCACCUCCCAUGGUAUCGAUGGCUGCGAUCUGCUCUGCUGUGGCCGAGGCCACAACACGAGGACGGAGAAGCGCAAAGAGAAGUGCCACUGCAUCUUCCACUGGUGCUGCUACGUCAGCUGCCAGGAAUGCAUCCGCAUCUAUGACGUGCACACCUGCAAGUAGGGAGCCAGG